GCGGUGCUGUUAGUGUUUGGACACUUCUUACGCGGCAUUGGUUCGAAGUUUGAACUUGCAGUAAACCGUCGUUAUUGUUAUCUUUAUAUUUACAACGUUGAAGAAUGUCCUGGCAAGUGUAGAUAUAAGUGAAGCCAUCAUGUGUAUGAUCUGGUUGUAUCAUUUUUCACUGAAACUAUCUUCUGUGUUGAAUAACUGAAAGAUAUGCAUAUUGAUCCAGGCAAAAUGGUGCACAGUACCUGUGAUUCACAUCUAUUCAUAGCCAUAGGCAUGGCCCAAGAUCAGUGAUAAACAUCAGCACUUAGCUCUACUUCAUUGAUAAUCACAUCAGACUCACUGCACCAGCUGACACCAGCAGCACCAGCCGAGCGAUGCCAGGCCAUGUGCUGCAGCAGCCCCCUGUUGUGUCAGUGCUGUUCGAUAUGCUGCCCGUGCCGGAGCUGCACGUGGCGCGUCGCGUAUGCCAGCUGUGGCAGCAUGAAGCGGAUCGCCGGCUCCGGCGCACCACACUCCACUGGGACUACUGGGAGGACGAGCCGCCGCCGCCGGCCGGCGCCGACCCGCAGCUGAGCCGCAUGACUGCCUUCCUCGCGCGAACGCUGGCCGCCUGUCCGUUCCAGCCCGGCCACGUGCUGCUGUUCGCCGGCUCGACGCGGCGCAGCGAGUGCCAGGCGUUGCUGCCUACGGCGUGCCGCUUCCUGCGCCAGCACGCUGCCGGCAUCAGCGUGCUCGCGUUCGACGCGCACAGCAUCAACUUUGAGAACUGUCGCGUGAUCGGCACGCCGCUGGCGUCCGGCGCCGCCGUGCGCAAGAACUUCCGCUACGCCAACGCUGCGUGCCUGGGCGUGCUGCUGCUGGCGGCAGGCGGCGCAGAGGUGCGUGCAGUGACGCUGCACGAGGAGCGCGACCGCGCGGCGGCGCUGGCGGAGUUGGCAGCCGCGCCGCAGCCGCGCGCCGUUCUCCUGCUUUGCGCUGGCUACACGCUGUACCGGUGCGGCCAGCGGCUUCUGCUGGAGCUGCUCUCCGGCUGUGGAGCGCACGUGGCGCUGGGCGGCGGCGUUUCGUCCGGGCCGGGCCUGUUCCCGGGCCGCGCGCCACUCGGCCUAGUGACGGUGGCUGGCGGCCGCGUGCGCGCCGUCAGUCGCGUGCUGCACGGCGCACGCGACACGGCCCGCGCCACCGAGUUUGUGGAGCAGCUGCGGCGGCUCGACUUCCCAACCCGGCACACGGUGGCGCUGGUGUUCGCCAACUGCGUGCAUCGGGAGUCACACUACACGGACGUGGAGUGCCGGCUGUUCCAGCGCGCGUUCCCAUCGGUGCCUGUGUUCGGCUGGGGCACCGUGCGCCAGGUGGGUCACGAGUCGGGCCGGCCGCACCGCAAGCACGCGCGCAUCAACCCGUACGCCAUGAACCGCAGCGUAGUGUUCGUGCUGUUACACAUCCCGCCUGAGUGAUCAUGGUGGACAUAUCAGCGGACGUGGCACGAACGUUUACUUAAAGUGAAUGUGCAGGUUGGCUUGCCGUUUGUACUAUGUUGUAAGUCACAGGUACGUUUUGAAUUGAGGCCUGCUUUGUGGACUGCAGUGAGAUAAGACACCACCGGUAUUCCUUACCUAUUUUGUUCUGUUGUGCCUCAUGCGUAGACGCGGCAACAGGAGGGGUUGGGCGUAGCGAUUACGGAAGGAAUCUGCUUCUAAAAAGGGGUUUUGCUUCCUCUAGUUGGGUGCCUCCACACUCUGAGUAUAUAGUUGUGAUGUUAUAAAGGCAGUGUUCCACAUUUGUUUGGGAUUGUGAACCGGAAUCGCCAUCUUGAUCAUCCGGUGCAAUUCACAGCCCUACCCUUCUUACGAACAAUGUCCCUCUAGUUUUUACGAGUUUUCUGCGGGUAGCAAGUUUCCCGCAAAUAUGUGAUUUUUUUCGACGGGGCAUCUAUUUCAAACGGGGAUCUAUUUCAAAGUUACCCAGCCAUCCAUGACGCCGCAAUCACGUUAUCAAAUCCUCCCAUUCAAUCAGCAACGCCGAAAUCAAUCCAGUACAAAUGUAGUUGUCGAUUCAUUCAUAUCUGGCGUUUGUGAGCGCGAUUUCCAGACGUAAAGGCCGUCGAUUGGCUCUCAAGCAAUGUAAUCCAAGGUACGAUGACGUAGUGAAACAAUGAUGUAUUGGCGAUCAUAUUAACUAAACAGUGAAAUGUUGUUGUCUAGAGCAGUCUUUUUCAGUUGAAGGUAUACGAGUAGCUAUAGUGAGCUUGUUUGUCACAUCAAAUUCAGUAUCAUUAAAGGUGGAACAUUCCCUUUCACAACAUUCACAUGUGUUAGUUGUUUCGUUGUAUCCUGUGGGUGGUCUUUCUCCGAUUAAAGAAAAUGAUCCACAUUUGAAGGUAUUGAAGUACCAGAUGUGAUGAAAUAACCUUCACUUAUAACUAUUGGUAGACUUUUAAGCGAAAAUGACUGCCCUAGACGACACUAUAUUUUUUCAGUACACGUGUUCAUCAAUAGGUCAUUACUUGAUUGCGUGAGGAAACGUUUGUAUGAUGUUAGAGGUUCCGCCUAGCUGGCCGUGCGAAACUGGCACCAUAGCACUCACUUGUAGCACUUCAACUUUCCGAGAGAUGACAGCGGAGGUGCUUGACGUGUUUGCUGGAACAAAUAUUGUUAUGUGCCCGUGUUUGGCCAUUCUUCGUAAUAUUCUUGCCUUGAGUUUACGUUGUUUACAUACAUUCGACAUACUCGUGUAAUGCGCUAUUGUGAAGUUGUUCGAGUACAAGUCGUAUUUCCGUAAUACUUAGUACGUAUAUCCAAAGUCUUAUUUUAUGUAGGACAAAGCACCAUUCGUGUUUAAAACUUGCAUUGCCCGCACAACGUUGCUUGAGAGCCAAUAGGACUCCGUUGUACUUGGGCACCAUGUUCACGAAUGCCUUAUAUGGACAGCUUGACGAUUAUAUUCUUCUCGGCCUUGAGCGUCGCAUGGCCGAUAGGGUGACAGUAUUGGAGUGACGUUUUUUCAGCGUCACGCAUGCAUGAGUGACCUUGAAAUAGUCUGCACAAAAAACCUACAGCAUUUCCGCGGAUGUGUAGCUCAGAAAGUACAGCGUUUUAAGUCUUUAGAAGGGCAGGACUGCAAACUGUACAGAACAACCUGCGAGAUGGCUGUCUCAGUUCCCCCAUACAAAUGUGGAACACUCCCUUUAAUCAGUGCGAAAGCCGAUGGGCGCUUUGAUGCAGUUAUGUGUGUAUGGUUAUUCCACGAAUUUCGACACGUGUUUGCUCAUUCUGUUGUGUACGAAUACGAGAAUACGUAGGCUGUGGUUGGCGUCGUUACCCGAGAGACAGUGUAUAUAGUGGCCGUGACGUUUUCGGGCAUGCUUCGUAUUACCUAAAAAAGUGUCGACAGACUUUGAAAAUGUAGCGGACUUCACACGGCGCUUCUUAUAUCGAUAUCCGUGAUUCUAGAUAUGACGUAAUUUUGUGUUUCGCAAGACUUUUCUUGCUUGUACUGUGUGUAACAUGUUGCACCAUUAUGUUAUCUACUGGUCUGUGCGUUUCUCAGGACUGACGGGAUCUCUUCUCUCAUUGAUGUAGUUGGCUCUCCCAACCGACUACGACACUGCGUCCCAGUGCAACUGGGAUGGUGUGUGUCAGGCGUCUGAGUGUCCUCGUUUUUUAUAUGAAGAGGUGACUUCCAUUUUUGAAUCAUUUGUCGGGACGUUUGCUACGUGCAGAAAUAUAUAGA